AUGAAAUAUCAAAAUCCCAUCUGGAUUAGUUGGAUAUUUUUGGUAGUGACGUCGUUUUCUGUGACAAUAAUUAGUGGACAGGAAUACGAAUAUGAGUAUUAUUAUGAAGAUGAAGUUUCUCCGAUCAUGAGUACAGUAACAACGACCAGAACAACCACCAGAACUACGACGAAAGCAACUCCCACUACUCGCAUAGUGAGGCGAACGGCUGCUCCGGUCAGAAAUGGUCAACAGAUAAGGCAACAGCCCUGCACGAUCAGGUCAUGUUCCAAUCUUUGGGGUCAGCAAUCUGACGUGGUGGUCAACAUAAUUGCGGAUAUGUACGGCUAUAGUGACAUGCUAACUGGCAAAAGGAGGGUGGCUAGUGUUGUGAACAACAAUGCCUUCAGCUAUAAUGGAAUGAGAACCGUAGAACCGAUCAGAUAUUGGUACACUCAGCAACAGCAAAUUCCCAUUAUCGACUAUGGGGGAGUUCGGCGUCCGGGAAUGCGAGGCCAGGCUGGCGGUACCCUAAUGGGCGGAGGCAAUCGAAGGGUCGAAUAUGAAUAUGUGUAUUAUGAGGACGGCGAAACUGAUUAUGACUAUUACAGCGAUUAUUUGACCCCAGGGAACGGCCAAAAUGGUCAACCUAACAUUUUUAACAUUUGGUUCCGAAAUCUUGUGAACGGGCGAAAAAGAAAAGUUUAA